CUGAAGCAGCUCCUGUCAGUAACCGCGCGCCCUCUGCUCCUUCGUGUUUCCCCCUGCGCUACAGGUACUAAAGAUGGGCCGUCGCGCCCGCCAGGACUUCUUUCCAGAUGAAAAUCUCAGCAGGAAGAACUCCCCGUCUGCUUCUCUUAGAGAGGGUCCACCACCUAAACCCCCACGCCGGCAAGGAGGCUGGGCAGAUGAUCCUGUACUGGCACCUACCAGGUCAGGAAGAAAGCAUGCAGAAGAAGUAGAAGACCAUCGUCUCAGACAGCAGAGCCUGGAGGCAUCAGAUGAUGGAGGAGACAUUCCCGUGAUCCCUGACUUGGAGGAAGUCCAGGAGGAAGAUCUGGCCAUGCAAGUGGCAGCUCCCCCCAGUGUGCAGGUGAACCGAGUGCUGACCUACCAUGACCUGGACAAAGAUCUAAUGAAGUAUGCUGCCUUUCAGACUCUGGAUGGAGAGGUUGACCUGAAGCUUCUCACCAAAGUUUUGGCUCCAGAGCAUGAACUACGAGAGGAUGAUGUCAGCUGGGAUUGGGACCAUCUUUUCACAGAGGUGUCCUCAGAACUAGUGACUGAGUGGGACCUGGGACAGUCUGAGAGAGAGGACCACCUCAGCCUGCCCUAGAGCACUGGCACACCAGACAUCUCACACGUGCAUGCCCUGUAAAUAGUUUAGCACUUUAAAUUUCUAUUUGCUUGUUUGUAUUUGAGAAUUUAUUUCAGACAUGAAAAUAAAUAGGGCCUUGCUUCAUA